GUUCGUUCAGGUUGCUGGCUGAACGCUUCAAGGCGAUUUGUGCUUGGGCCUUUUUCCUACCUUGCGCUUGAAUGCAACACGCCAUCAUGUCGCCUUCAGCUGGAGGCCAACACCAGCCAGCAGCAGCAGCAGCAGUUGCAGGAUCACCAGUCACCGUUGCUGCUGCCCAGUCCACCGCUGGCAUGGGUGUUGGUUCACCAGCACUGAUGACGGGCAACGGCGCGUUUGCGGCGGAUCAUCGGUUUCAGCAACCGCCGCCGCACCGCCUCGCUCAGCAACCACAUCAGCAACAUCAGCAACAUCAGCAACAUCAGCAACAGCAGCCACAACAACAACAGCAACAGCAACGGCAUCAUCAACAGCAGCAGUUUGCACCAUCGCCAAUGUACCGCCACUCACUGCCAGCUCAGUCCACUCUGCCGCCGACACGCCCUCCUCUGACUCUUCCCCCUCAUCAGCAACAUCAACAACAUCAGCAGCAUCAACAACAUCAAAGUCACUCACGACCGCAGUUUCACACUCAACAAUCCGCGCCUGUCAUUCCACUACUACAACAGCCAGUCCCGCGAGCACCUCUCGCUCAACAACAACAACAGCAACAACAGCAGCAACAACAACAGCAACACAGCUCAUCAUCCGUUUCGGCUCCUGCAACGCCGGCACCUGCGUCGGACGUUGGCCUGAAUCCCGAGAUGGACGAGUACGAGAUUCUCAAUCUGCUUGGCCGUGGCGCGUAUGGGAAAGUGUUCCGCGUCCGAAGACGUCGGGAUGACUUUGUCUGUGUCAUGAAGCAGGUGCCGCUCACGGGCUUGCCUCCAAGCGAGUGGCGCGCGACGCUCAACGAGGCGCGCGUGCUGAGCGAAAUCAGCGCAACGGGAAGGCAUCCAAACAUUAUCACAUACUACGACUCGUUCAUGCACGACAACCAACUCAACAUCGUCAUGGAGUAUGCCAACGGUGGCGAUCUAUCGUCAGUCAUGCGGCCAAAGCCGAGCCCACCUCUGGACGAGGACAUCAUCUGGACGUAUCUGAUUCAAAUGUUGCAGGGGCUCGAGUUCCUGCACGCUCGACGCGUCUUGCAUCGCGAUAUCAAACCCCACAACAUGUUUCUACACACCGACGACCCACUUGCUGGAGGCCUGCCAUCCAUCAAAAUCGGCGACCUCGGCUUUGGCACCAUUCUCGGGAAUGGCAUGUGGGCCAACACUGGCGUCGGCACGCCGCUGUACUUUUCGCCCGAGCUGUGCGAAGGCAAGCCGUACAAUGAAGUGGCCGACGUCUGGUCACUGGGCUGUGUGGCCUAUCAGAUGGCUGUUCAAGUCCCGCCGUUCGUUGCUGGCAACCAGAUCGCCCUUGCCAAGAAAAUCGUAUCCGAGGAUCCCCCGCCAAUCUCGUCAAGUUUUUCCGUCGAAUUCCGGCAUAUUGUCUGGAGAAUGCUUGAAAAGAAUCCAAACAAUCGGCCCAAUGUUGCUCAGCUCCUGGCGUUUCCUGCAGUUCGAGUAAGAUUACGUUGCAUGCAGCACGAGGCUACCAUCCGACAAAUGCAGCAGCAGCUUGGCAAUCUGCAACGUCAGCUGGAGCAGCAACCCCCGCCUCCCAGUGAAGCCCAGGAGAUUCUGCGGGUGCGUUCCAUUUCCAAUACCGAAAUGCGGCUACAGUCGCUGGAAAAUGAAAACGCCGACCUUCGACGGCUGCACUCGGAAGCAGUUCGGCAGCGCGACGAUGCAGUCCAGACAACCCAAUCGCUGGCACUCACGAACAAGGAUCUCGAACGCCAAGUCAGCCAGCAGCAGCAGCAGCAGCCCGCCCCAAGCGCCACCACCACCACUAGGCCGGUCUCCACUGCGUCGCUGGGUGACAGUCUGUUUCCACAAGCUUCCGAUGGCUCCCUCAGCACACUUGCCACAACUCAGACGAGUAGCCGGAAUUCUGACAAGAUUGGGUCGAGUGGUGGCAGUCGCACCAGUAUGCGGCUCGCCGUUGCGCCAGACGUGGACUACUCGAGCCGCUCGCUAGAGCUGACCAGUCAUCAUGAUUAUUACGUUGAUGGAGAUGAGUAUCGGGGAGAUUCGGGACUCGGUGAGAGUACCACGUCUGCCGCGGCAGCGUUUCAUGACCCAGAGUCCAAUUUCGUGCAGCUUGUACCGUCGGAGAUUUCAGUGGCGGCAUACCUACCUCCCGUCAUUCCCGUCAUUCCCGUCAUCACUGCAGCGACUGCGGCAGCAGCAUUGGCAGCGACAACGGCCGCCGCUCAAGUGCCUCCAGCCAAGCUCCCGUUCGAGUUUGAUCAGCUCGGACUGGCGACCACGCCGCUCCCUUCCUUGUUUCCGCCGCUAUCGACCCAGACGCCCGAGUUUCCGUGGUCGUUGUCGUCAUCGCAACAGAAUCCACCCGCCGUUGUGCAGCCGUCAACAACUUCAACUGGGUUUAGCACUCCAGCGCCCAAUCACCAUCUUUCGCUGGACGGUGCGUCGCAUCGUCACUCUCUUCAGCAGGCGGAUUUUCGCGCUCAGGCUCAGCCCCAAAUUGCAGCAGGACCUUUGACUGCACCCUUGCUACCGCCAAGCAGCUUUCAGACCACUGGGCCGGUUCAACUCACUCAGCCUGCUGCUGCUUCCCUCAACCAGCCACGCUCAAGCACUCCGGGAGGAGAUCGCUCACACCAUCCGCCAGCGGGAUUUGCUCGGCCGUCUCUUGUGCUGCCGGAUGCGAGCGCGCAUCACGUCGCCAUGCAGCCUAGCUACGAACCUGCCAGACAGACGCAGUUGCAAGCCAGCGCUUCCAACACGUCCCUGACCCCAUCCAUCUCGCAGCUUUCUCUGGGCCAUUCUGGAGACGUGUUUGCGCAGAAUGGUGUUAGCGCAUCACCAUUUCCACAACAAGUCGUAGCUGCACAACAGCAAACAGGCACGCAGCGGCCGCACCCACUACCGGCUCAAUCGGAACCUGCCCAACCCGAAGAAGGAGCAGCUCGUAUGCCCAGGUCUGUCUCGGACUACUUUGUCAACACUCCGAAUCAGCUUGCCGGCGGUGUCAGCCCCUUCCACGCACGCGUCUUCAGCGAGUAACUCUGUGUUCUGCGUGCGUACAUGUGCGAGCGAUGCGUAAUUACCUUUGUACAUCAGUGUAUACCUCUUUUCUUUUCCCUUCUUCGUCAUUG